UAUCAUCUUACAGCACAAGAUAAUACCGCAAGCACGUGUUAUCUUUUAGCCCGAUAAGUGAAUGUUAUUCGUCUCAUCGUGGUGUAAGGCAAGCCGUCGUUGCUCAGUUUUAAUUUUUAGAAGAUUUUAGAUGUAUUUCAAGAAAUCAAUCCAUGAUAUUUUUAAACUGUUUACUAAAUAUCAGUCACUCUGUACUCCAAGGAUUUUAUUCAGGUCAUAUACACAAGUGCCACGUCGAAGGAAAAAAAAUUCUUAAGUAGUUAUAUGUGACGAGACUUGUUCUACUUAUACGAAGCAUACUAGUUAUGUAGGUCUUGCUGUUAUCUCGGAAAAUGUGGUACUUAUUCAUUUGGAAUUGAGUUUCAUAGUCCUGAAAGAAUCUGUCAGGUAGCUUAAUAAGACCUUAAAGUUGGUGUUCUACUGUCAUUUAACCAGUAUUCUAAAUUGAAACAGACCACAACAUUGAAGAUGACUAGACGGCCCGAUAUUUAUUAUUAUAAGAUGAUGGAACACGUUCAUCGACGUGAAACACUUCUUGAGGUUGGCUUUCCUUUAAUAGUAGAGCCAGAUAACAGAUUGUGCAUCAAUGGAAACAACUAUUUCGAAGAUGCAAACAUUGAGAAGCAGAAGUGUCGUUGUCGGAAGACUGUUUCCCUUCUUAAUGAAAAUUGGUUUUAUGCAAGGAAUUGUCGUUACCAUCCUCUUAAAGUAGAUAAGAACUCCUGGACGUAUAAAUGCUGUGGUAAACCUUUCAAGUCUCCUGGUUGUGUAUCUAGUGCCUUCCACACUAGCUCAUACAUUUCACUUUUUGGUGAUUGGUAUGUUACAAAACAAUGGAGUACAGAUAAUUUCAACAUCUUAGCUAUGGAUUGCGAAUUUGUGUUUACUCAAGGAGGCAUGGAAGUUGCUCGAGUGAGUUUAGUAUCGUUGAAGAAAGGGGUUGUUUACGACACUCUUGUGACUCCAAACUACGAAAUUCUGGAUUAUAACACCCAAUUCAGUGGCAUCACCCCUGAAGAUUUGGCAUAUGGAAAUGUUAAAACAUUGUCAGAAGUUCAGUAUGACCUUACGUGUAAGUUUUUAAGCUGUGAUACUAUCCUCAUUGGCCACGGACUGCAUUCUGAUUUGAAAGGCCUUCACGUGUGUCAUGAAAACAUAAUUGAUACAUCUAUUUUGUAUCCACACUUUAAGGGUUUGCCUUACAGGUACUCAUUGGAGUAUCUAGCUCAGGAAUAUUUGGGGAUUACUAUGCGCAAUGGUGAAUCAGGACAUUGUAGCAUUGAAGAUGCUAAUAUUUGUUUGCAGCUUGUAAUUUUGAAAAGUGAACUUUAUCCUUUUCAAUGUUAUGCAACAUGAACUUCAUAGAUUUUUCGACUUCAAAUUUAAUUUUUUGCUUUUUCACCAUUAGUUAUAAUUUAUUAUAACUAAUGGUAAUAAUUUAUUAAAAGCAAUUAUAUAUAUAAUUGAUUAUAAUUUAAUGUAAUAGUUUACAUUAGAUUUUUUUUAUUUUUAACCUAUCUGACUUUACUAAAAAAAAAAAUCAGUUUUUUCUCAGAUUUUAAUCGAAAUUUUUUAAAUGAAGUUGAAACUAAAGCUGUAUUGUUUUUAGUAAAUACAUUUUUUUAAAUUUUUAUUUCACUUUGCUGUACCAGAAUUUAUGGUUUAUUUUUAAGCCUAUAUUUGCAAAGUAACUAACUUAAUUAGUAAAGGACCUAACUCUGAUUUGUAAGGACUUCAUAUUUGCCAUUAUAAUGUUAUGUAUUUCAUGCAUAAUACAUUUUAAGAUUUAUUUACAGUUUGAGACAAUGAAAUAUGUACUUUUUACUUUAAAAGAUAAAAAUGAUAAAUUUGUAUGUCAAUUUUUAAGACUUUGCUUUUGCAAAUUUGACUGUUUCUUUGCUAAUGCUAACUUUUAAUGGACUUUUAUGAGUGUAUCAUACACUUAAAAAGUUUUCUGCUGAUGGGUAGAAUGAAAGGGGUUUUGUUUGUUCAUCUUAUGGAUAAAUUAUGCAUCACUAUUAAUAUUUUUCUAUCCACAAUAUUUUCUGUAAUUUAGAAAAUAUUUAAAUGAGUAUGUAGAAUAUGAAUAGCAUUUGGUUUUAUUUACGAUUAUGGGUUUCUUUUUGUAUAUUUAUUUUAUGCAUUUAUGUUGUUUAUUUUAUGUAUUAUGUUCCUGGUUGUUAAAUUCAUAAUUUCAGUAUGGUGAUGGUAAUCCUUAAUUUAAGGUAUAUGAUCUCAAAUUAUAGAACUUUAUUACUCUUAUUAUAAUUUAUCUCCUACUGUCACACUCUUGUCAAUAUUUAUUUAAUAUUCCUCUUUGUUUUUUUUUUAGUUAACAUAUUCUUAAAAGUUAAAUCUAAACUUUUGGAAAUAUAAUGAAGAAAUUAAAUGUGCACACAUAAUGGAAAUGACUUCAUUUUUUUUCUCCCUUUACUUAGGCUAUUUAUAGUCUAUGUAUUGCACUGUGAUAGUUGUAUAAAGUUGUAAAUAAAUACAUAUGUGCCUAUUUUUUAUGUUUAUUUUUUGAACUACAAAACGAAAUGAACAUCUUUUCACAGUGUACAUUUCAUUUUGUAGUGAAAAAAUAAAUAUAAUUUUUUUUUUUAAUAUGGUACAAUUUCAUGUUCUUGUAUUCAAACUAUUCAGCUAAAUAACCGUCAAUUUUUUUAAAAAUCUACAAUGAAAAUAAAUAUUUUUUCUCAAAAAAAACUUAUAUUGAAAUCUGAUCAAGGUUUUCAUUUUAAUUCUCCAACUCUCUGAAACUAUGGGUAAAAUGUGCCUUAGAAAUUUCACAAGUGUAAAUAUGUAUGG